GCUAACUUGGAUAUCAGUUGAUGGCUAAAAAGGAAGCUUAUAUAAGUUGAAUAUAGUCCAAGCUGAGUUUACAUAUGGCCUUAUGGAAUUUCAUAUUCAUUUAUUUUUUUACUAAAUGUUUUCUGUUGUGUGCUGAUAACCUAACGUCAAAGGUAACUAGAUAGGGUAGCUAGGUUAAGUUAGCUAGCUAGCUAGUGAUUAGCUGUGAGUUGCAGUGUGGAGGCGCGGGUCGCGAGGAAGCCGCGUGAGUUCCUAACGUAUUUUGUGUCUUUCACGAGAGCUGACCUAAAUGAAGGGCAUGUCGAAUCAUAAAUGAGAACCGCACUGUUUGCGCUUGGAAAAAGCCUCUGUGUUAGCAGUGUGGCAUUCUUUUACCAGUCAAAGGCGAAUGAACUGCGGUUAUGCUUUCUGCAUCGUAUUGCAGUUCUGCUUUCCGUACGACUGUUUUCGCGAGCUGCAUGCCGCUAGACGUACAAAAUGCACCUUUUUGUCACUUGUAAAUAGUAACCGUCGAAGAACGGACGCACAGCGUACAUGAGGUUAACCGUAGGCUAGCCACAAAUACACUAAGUGAGCAAAACUUAAAUAUACGGGGCUGUUCGUUGCUAAUGUCUAAGUAUUAAACGAGUGGUAACGCUAAGUGACCCAAAUGUCACUGAUGAAAAUUUGCCCUGGUGAAUGAACUGCAUCUAAAUGUAGUUAUUAGACUGUUGUUUGACUGUUGUUUGGCUUGCUUGAGUUGUUUACCUGACAUAUUUGUGAUCAACUUUUGUCUUUCAAGCCAUCAAGCUACAGGCAGUGAACUGAUUCACGUCUUGUUGGGCCUAUCCCUGCUGGUGUUAAUUGCUGCAAUACCAUGUGCAGUCGGGGUGGUGUGGGACUGAAAGGAUUACAUUGGUGCAUAUUUCUCCAGUCUCCUUGAAGUUUGAGCAGUGUGGGGCCCUUGACCCCAGCCAAUGAGGUGGUGUUGCAAAGUCUGCUCUUUCUCGUCACCCAACCAGCGCACUCUCAUAAUUCACUACAAACUAAAACACUGCUAUCACGCAAGUAAUUGUCCCCUACCCUGCAUCUAUGAAGACUGUGUGUGCUCAUUUAGAACUGAACUUGCGCUGAAGAAACAUUUGACUACAGACCAUAGACAGUCUGGUCAGGUCAGCACUGCAACCUCAAAGCUGAACUGUGAUCUGUGCAAUUAUUCUGAGACCUGCAGUAUUACACAGUAUUUUGCACACCUAAACACUCAUAUCAGAAAUAAGGAGACUGUAAAAUGUCCCUUUGAAAAUUGCAGCUUUCAGUCCAGUGUUUAUAGUACUUUCCAUGCCCAUAAGAGUAAAAGCCAUCGUCUGUGUACCAUAGAGAAUUUUUGUGGGGACAUCUACCAGCUUUGCACUCCUGGUGUCUCAAAUUCUGAAAGUUCGACUUUUGAGGCACAUUUGGAUCAUGUGGACUUUUCUGCAUCGGAUUGUGAUUUACAAUAUGAUGAAGACCUGCAUGAAUUGCUUCAACACAAAUUAGCUUCCUUGUUUCUUCGGAUGCAAACAGUUCUUCAUGUGUCUAAGGCAACAACUCAAGAAAUUGUGAACUCUGGAAUAUCUGUUCAAUUGCUGAAGAGUUCACACCAAAAUUAAUUGAAAGCAUAUUGAUUAAGCACAACUGUACAGUAAAUAAUUCCAUCACCACUGCCAUAACAGAGAUAGUCAGAAAAGCAAAUCCCCUGUUAUCACUGUCAAAGAACGGUCCUUUUGGUUCAGAAUACAGAAGAACCACCUUUUACAAGGCAAAUUUUAAAGUGAUUGAGCCUGUUGAAUAUGUUUUAGAUGCAUCUUCCAAAAGAAAAUAUGUUUAUGUUCCGAUUUUGAAAAUUUUGUCAGAACUGUUAAAUCGUAAUGAUGUUCUAGAUAAAAUCUUGCAGACAGAAGAUACAGAAGCUUUUGGACAUUUGACUCAUUUUAAGACAUACAGAGAUGGAUUGUAUUGCAAAGAGAAUCAGUUGCUGUCUUCAGAUAGUUUAAGCAUAGCUCUGGGAUUAUACAUAGAUGACUUUGAAAUUUGUAACCCAUUAGGAACUUCAAGAAAGAAGCACAAGGUCUGUGCAGUUUAUUGGGUGAUUUCAAAUUUACCAAUACAGUAUAGGUCCUCUGUGCAGUCCAUCUAUUUGGCUUGUCUCUGUUACAGCAGUGAUGUGAAAAAGUAUGGCUAUGAUUCCAUUCUUCAGCUGUUGGUGAAAGACGUAGAAGUACUUGAGCAGCAAGGUUUGUACAUUCAGAAAUUGGGAGCAAAUAUUAAAGGUACUGUACUUUGUGUCUGCGGACAAUUUGGGAGCCCACUCACUUGCUGGUUUUCAAGAAAGCUUUAAUGUUGAUAAAUUCUGUAGAUUUUGUUUAGCUAGCCGCACGGACAUAAACGUUCAUGAAGUAAGAGAGGGACAUUUCCCACUCCGAACAGUUGAAGCUCAUGAGCACAUCCUGUUGGAAUUGAAAAAGAGUACACAUUUGCUUCCACUGGAUGGUGUAAAAAGAGACUGUGUUCUUAAUAGACUUUCUCAUUUCCACUCAAUACGUGGAUUUCCUCCAGAUUUUAUGCAUGACCUUCUGGAAGGCGUAAUACCAAAUGAGUUGAGCUUAUGUCUGAAGUCUUUGAUUUCCAAGAAUUAUUUUACAUUAGAUCAUCUCAAUGCAAUCAUCCAUUCCUUUCCUUACAAGUUACUUGAUAAAACAAACAGACCACAACAAAUUCCAAAAUCAUUUGCAUUGAAAGGUUCCAUUGGUGGUAACUGCCAUGAGAACUGGACUUUGUUGCGAUUACUGCCACUAAUGAUUGGUGACAAAAUACCUGAGAAAGAGAAAACAUGGCAAAUUUUAUUAGACUUGAAAGACAUUGUUGAACUCCUGGCUACUUCGCAGUUUUCAAAUGAGACCUUGUGCUACCUAGAGUCCAAAAUCUCAGACCAUAGAUCUUUGUUAAAAGAAGUUUUUCCAGAUUUCCACUUGCUGCCCAAGCAUCACUUCUUAGAACACUACCCCGAAGUUAUUCGUAGAUUUGGACCACUGAUUGAUUUCUGGACUAUUCGUUUCGAAGCGAAACACAGCUUUUUUAAAAGAGUAGUGCAUGAUGUUAAGAAUUUCAAAAAUAUCUUGCUAACUCUUGCUACAAAACACCAACUUUCAUUAGCUUACUAUUUAGACCUGCCAAGUCUUUUCAGACCUGACCUGGAGGUAGGGCAUGUUGCUGUUGUUUCACCUGAGACACUAGAGCACUCCAUAAAGAAGGCUAUAGAGCUCAAAUAUGCUAGCAUUACCACUAUAUCUCUUGCAACUCAUGCAUGUCUCCAUGGCACCAAGUAUUCAGAAGGAAUGUUUUUGUCUGUGGGACACACCAGUGGCCUGCCUGACUUUGGCAAGUUAGUGAAAAUAAUCAUUGUGUCAAACAGUGUUUCGUUCAUCAUUGAACCCUUCACGGCAUGGUACAUAGAGCAUUUGCGGAGUUAUGAACUGAUGAAAAACCACGCAUCUGAGCUAAAGAUUGUGGAACCACAUGAGCUAAAUGGAUAUCAUCCGCUGUACCCAUACAUUCGAGCAGGCAAAGUAAUGGUGACACCAAAAACCUUCCUGCUUCAUUAAGGUAUAAUUGUAGGGCUUAAAACAUAAUUAUUUAUAAUAUUUACUUGCAUUACAAUAUGUUCAAAAAUCCAGUUUUGUUUUCACACUAUUCAAAGGAACCUUUUUUUUGUUGUUUUUGUUUUUAAAAAGGGCUGUUUAUUUUGCCUAUUAUUUUUUCAUUUGUAGUGAACUGCUCAUCUACAAUGUAUUAUACAUUCAGUUGUGUUGUUUUCUACAUUUUUAAAUUGUUUUUGGUCCUCUCUGAACUUUUAUUAACAGCCCUGGAAGCUCCAGUCUACAAACAAGAUGCUUUUUCGUGUGAUCAUCUCGCAACAGGACAUUCAUAAAAUUAAGCUUGAUUCUGUUCCUGAGUCAGUAGAUGGCCUCAAACUAGUGCUAAAAAGCAAACUGCAGCUAAAAGAGUCCUUUGAUCUUCAGUAUGAAGAUGAAGACUUUCAUGACUUUUGCAACCUUACACAUAUAGCUGAUCUGCCUGAGGAGAAAGUGACGUUGAGGGUCCUUUUCAAUCCAUCUGCAGAUACUUUUUCAGACUCAAGUUUAGACACUGCAAGCUUAUCUGUCUCCUCUCCGUCUACAUCAUCUUCAGCAAGCAAACAUUCACAGUCAUCUUCAGGUCGUUCACAGCUGUGGCCAGCUUGCUUUACUAU